UCUGUGAUUUGUUUUCUAUUCUGUGGUCUUUGACAAAAACAUAUAGGUAAAGAAAAAAGUUCAUUAUAAAAAAAAGGUAAUUAGGUUAAAAAAACCAUAAGAAACUGAACCCCAAGCUAAGAUUUGAAAAAGCGUAUAAGUAAGUUAAAAUAUAGAAUGACUACGAAACGUGUAGACAUUGGUUUUUUAGAAGAAAAGUGUAACUGGCUAUUGCAUCCUAGAUUCUUUCCGAGUAAAGUUGGAGGAAAACCGGCAUGGUUAGACCUAAAAAAUGUACCUGAUUUUGCAAAAUUAACCUGCAAAAAGUGUGAGGAACCUUUAAUUUUUUUAUGUCAGGUAUAUGCACCCUUUGAAGAAAGUGAUGAUUGCUUUCACCGCACAAUAUUCAUAUUUGUUUGUCAAAAAGGUUCUUGCUGCAAAACAAAUUCUGCUGAUAAUUUUAUCAUAUUACGUUGUCAGCUACCACGUAAAAAUGAUUAUUAUUCUUUUGAGCCAUAUGAAGAAAAUGAAAAUGAGUGUUUUCCAAUGGAUAAAUGGGCCAAGUUGUGUAAUGUUUGUGGAAUAAAAGCACCAUCUCACUGUUCCAAAUGCAAAAAAGUUUAUUAUUGUAGUCGCCAACACCAAAUUCUUGAUUGGCAAAAGGGGCACAAAAGUAUAUGCCCUGACCUCCAAAAGAAGUGUGAUCCAUAUUGGAACAAUUUUAAUGUAACUGAGGCUGGACAAUCCUUAUUAUUUAAAGAGUGGGAACUUAUAGUAGAUGAAGAGGAUGAGGAAGAAGUUACAGCGGUAGAUCCAAAUCAAGAAAUGGAAAAACUUAGAAAGAUGAUUGAAGAAAAAAAAGUUGGUACUUUGGGCAAUGUCUCUGAAGGGGAAUUAGAACAAUACACAAGUCCACUACCAGAAGAUAAGUUAUAUAAUAAGUUCAGUAAAAGAAUAGCUAGACAUCCAGGUCAGGUUCUAAGAUAUGAUAAAGGUGGUGCACCUCUGUGGAUCACAGAAAAUAUAGGAAACAUUAAAUCUAUACCAAACUGCCAGUACUGUAAUGGAGACAGACAAUUUGAAUUUCAAAUCAUGCCACAACUGUUGAAUUUUAUUCAUGUUGGAAUUGAAUUGAAUAGUAUAGAUUGGGGUGUGCUAGCUAUAUACACUUGCAAAGGAAGUUGUAAUGAUGGUCCAGCAUAUAAAGAAGAAUUUAUAAUAAAACAAGAUUUAAUUAAUGUAACAGUGUAAUAAAAACGCUAAAAAUAAA